AGGACCGAGUUUGGGAACCACUGGUCUCCAUAAAGGGCGUUCAACAGUUGGUAUUGAGUAAAAAGCCGCUGCUGCCAGUUCAAGACUUAACACAAAAAGACCAGUCACAUGACACGUUGGGCGCGCUCCCGUGUCCUGCCUCCCUUCUGCUGCUCAAGGCAAGCAUCAGGCGGAGAGCUUCAGCGAAAGAGAGCGUCCUCCCGCUCGAACCAUCAGCGGCAUUCUGGCGGAGGAGACUGCCAACCUACAGCCAGUGGUUAAUCAGGGCGAAAAUCUGCUCUUACUGCUGAAAACCACUGCCUUCUUCCGGAGUCUUCUACAGAAGAGGGCCGUCCAAUGCAUAUGCGCUUCAACGGAUAAUGGAAUACCGCGACUGUAAAGAGGGGUUUUGUGGCAUGUGAUAUGGGGAUUGGCGUGCGUCGGGGAUGCGAUACUAGAAUGAGAGGGAAAGAGGGCGUUCGUUAGUUUUCCAGCGUCUCCGCUAACGUUAGCUACUACUGAUAGCUACUAGUGUAUCAAGCGAGUACCAACCAGAUAUUUUGAUCCUAUCGCAUGGGGCUGUGUGCGUUUUUCAAGCUAUCUCACUGGCUGUAUAACUGUUAGCUGGCUAAUUACCUAGCUACCCCAUCUACUGAUAACUGUAACUACUCAGCUAGCCAGAUAAGAACCGUCAUACAACAUAUACCCUUCUGCCACUAAGAUAAUGCGUUCAGAUACGUGUUGAAUAUUUUAUGCCUUUUCUUAUUUUGAAAAGCUCUGCUACUAUACUGAAUGGGAGAGAAGAGAGCAGCAGACGCGGCGUACUUCCAGUAAUGCUGAUUGGGAUAUUCAGUUGGAUCUGAACAGCGGCGAAGUGGAGACGCGGUACUCUGCGGACACAGUUUUUGCUCCUGGACUUUUCUUGAUGGCAGUUGCUUGAUUAAAAUACUUUCUUUCAAAACAUUUGUUGGAGGCGAAGAUGGGAUUCUUUGUUCAUUAAUGACAUAUAAACUCACAAUCUGGAGGAAAAAUAGCAUUACAAAGCCGUGUACAGUUCAUUACUGCUUGCAUGAUAUAAGCGCACAGUUGCUUUGGUAGCUCAUAGCUAGCUAAGUAGCAAGCUCGCUAAAAUUGCCUCUGAAACUUGACAGCAUAAACGAUGGCGAACGACUCCAUACAAAGUGACCCCGGCGGGCUGUCGGUUCUGGAGCAGCUGGGACUGGACCAGAGCUCGGACUUCUCCGACACCAGCGUGCAGCAGCGGCUGGACGAGCAGCGGGAGAGGAUCCGGCGCGAGAUCCGCAAGGAGCUGAAGAUCAAGGAGGGCGCGGAGAACCUGCGCCGCGCCACCACGGACAAGCGCAACGCGCACCAGGUGGACAGCCAGCUCCGCAGCUCCAACCGCCGGCUGGACGACCUGCACGCCCAGCUGCAGGAGCUGGACGCCCACAUCGUGGUCAAGGACCCCGACGACAUCCGCGACGAUGCUCCGCAGUCCCCCGGGGCGGUCACCCGCUCCGCCCACCAGGACCGCAUCACCGCCCUGGAGCGCCAGCUCAACAUCGAGCUCAAGGUCAAACAGGGGGCAGAGAACAUGAUCCCCAUUUACGCCAAUGGCUCCACCAAGGAUAAGAAGCUGCUGCAGACAGCCCAGCAGAUGCUGCAGGACAGCAAGACCAAGAUCGACAUCAUCCGCAUGCAGAUCCGCAAGGCCAUGCAGGCCAACGAGCAGCAGAGCGAGGACACGCAGGGGAAGCCGGACCUGUGUGGGGUGGAGUUGCGUAUUGAGGAGCUGAGGCAUCAUUACCGUGUGGAGCAUGCCGUGGCAGAGGGAGCCAAGAACGUGCUGAGACUGCUGGGAGCCAGCAAGGUGCAGGACAAGAAAGCCAUGUCUGAGGCGCAGCGGCGUCUGAGCGAGUCGUCUCAGCGCCUGGACCUGCUGCGGGACUCUCUGGACCAGAGGCUGGCUGAGCUGCCCGAGGACCACCCCAAGGCCUGCCUCAUCAAAGAGGAGCUGGUGCUGGCCUCCUCCCCGGCCUUCAGCUCCCGCCACGUCGCCCCCUACCUGCACAACCAGUACAGCACGCUCAGCAAGCCCUCCCCUCUCACAGGCACCCUGCAGGUGCAGCUGCUGGGCUGUGUGGGGGUGCUGGAGGUGGUGCCGGGCCGGAGUCGCAGCACGGCGGUCACGCUGCCCUGCUACAGCCCGGGGGAGGGCCGCUCCUUCAUGCGCACAGGAAAGGGCCUCUACAGCCGCAGUGGCAGCAUGAGCGGCAAGGCGCCCAGCAAGACCGACGAGCUGUCCUCGGAGGUGAGUGCGGUGCUGAAGCUGGAGAACUCUGUGGUGGGGCAGACAGCAUGGAGGACAGUUGGGGAGCAGGCCUGGGACCAGACCUUCACCGUGGAGCUGGAGAGGUCCAGGGAGAUGGAGAUUGCGGUGUACUGGAAGGACUACCGCUCGCUGUGUGCCCUUAAGUACCUGAAGCUGGAGGACUUCCUGGAUAACCAGAAACACCGUGUGCAGCUUGAGCUGGAGCCACAGGGGCUACUGCUAGCUGAGGUGACCUUCUUUAACCCAACCAUAGAUAGAGUUCCACGACUCAAGAGACAGAAGAAGGUCUUCUCCAAACAACACGGCAAGGCUUUCCUGCGCGCGCGGCAGAUGAACGUGGACAUCGCCACCUGGGUGCGGCUGCUGAGGAACGCCAUCCCCACCGUCAACAACACGGGCACCUACAGCCCCAACGCACAACCACACGGCGCUGGGGAGAUCUCAGUGGAGAAACUGAAUCUGGACGACUCCCCACAGAGACCAGAGGUCCGGAGAGACACAGACACAAACACCCCGGAGCGCCCGCCCGUGAUCGAGCCCUUCUCUCCCCCAGACCUCGCCCCUGAACGCCCCAACAGAACCCCCUCUGUCAGCUCACAACACAGUAAACAGAGGACGACCCCCCUGUGUCUGCAGGACUUCAGGCUGAUCGCUGUGCUGGGCAGAGGCCAUUUUGGGAAGGUGCUGCUGUCGGAGUACAAGCAGACGGGUAGCAUGUACGCCAUCAAGGCUCUGAAGAAGGGUGACAUUGUGGCUCGAGAUGAAGUGGAGAGUCUGAUGUGUGAAAAGAGGAUAUUUGAGACGGUGAAUGGCUCCCACCACCCGUUCCUGGUCAACCUGUUUGCGUGCUUCCAGACGCCGGAGCACGUGUGCUUCGUCAUGGAGUACACAGCAGGGGGCGACCUGAUGAUGCACAUCCACUCCGACGUUUUCACCGAGCCGCGCGCCGUGUUCUACUCAGCCUGCGUGGUUCUGGGGCUGCAGUUUCUUCACGACCAUAAGAUUGUGUACCGAGACCUUAAAUUGGACAAUCUGCUGCUGGACACAGAUGGCUAUGUAAAGAUUGCAGACUUUGGACUGUGUAAAGAAGGGAUGGGUUUUGGCGACAGGACCAGUACGUUCUGCGGCACGCCUGAGUUCCUGGCCCCAGAGGUGCUGACGGACACAUCGUACACCCGGGCUGUGGACUGGUGGGGGCUAGGGGUGCUGGUCUACGAAAUGCUGGUCGGAGAGUCCCCUUUCCCGGGUGACGAUGAGGAGGAAGUGUUCGACAGCAUAGUGAAUGAUGAGGUCCGAUAUCCGCGAUUCCUUUCCACUGAAGCCAUUGGCAUCAUGAGACGGCUGUUGCGGCGAAACCCGGAGCGGCGCCUGGGCUCCAGCGAAAAGGACGCGGAGGACGUCAAGAAGCAGCCUUUCUUCAGGGGAGUAGACUGGGUGUUACUCCUGCAACGGAAGCUGCCUCCACCAUUUGUGCCGUCAAUUGGAAACAAAGAGGAUGUCAGUAAUUUUGAUGAAGAGUUCACCGCUGAGCCCCCCGCCCUUACCCCACCCCGGGAACCUCGCACCCUAUCCCGCAAGGACCAGGACUGCUUCAGAGACUUCGACUACAUCUCAGACCUCUGCUAGGGCCAUCAAAGGGAGGGGGCAGGGGAUUGUGGCCUGUAUGUCUGUCACAGGGGACUGAGGGGUCGACUGGGACUCCACACUGUGACUGGGGGCCUGGAGAAGCCAGGGAGGAUGUGUCUGUCUGUCUGUCUGUCUGUGAUUUCUACACUGUGACUUGAAGAGUGUAUCUCUGGGGGGAUGGAGAGAAUGGGGGAGGUGUGUGAAGACUUGCCUUGUCUCUGUCUUUUUCUCGGUUCUCCACUGUGGCUGAGAGGAAUGAGGGUUUUUGGGGAAUCUGUCUGUAUCCAAGAGCUAGGCAAGAGAGAGGUUCAUUCGGCAAUGGUGCUUUUGCCAGGAAAGAGAGAGUUUCAUUCAGUAAGCGUCCCCUUGCUAGGGGAGAGAGAGGUUAAUUCGGUAAGGGUGCCCUUGCCAGGGGAGUGAGAGGUUCAUUCGGUAUGGGUGCCCUUGCUAGGGGAGAGAGAGGUUAAUUCGGUAUGGGUGCCCUUGCUAGGGGAGUGAGAGGUUCAUUCGGUAUGGGUGCCCUUGCUAGGGGAGAGAGAGGUUCACAUGAGGAACAUUUCUCCUGAAGGAGAUGUUGAAGGCUGAGGAUUGAGGGGGGAGCCUUGGCCCUACUGUGAAUUUAGAAUGUUAUUUUAAGAUUUAUUCCUGUUCCCAGUUUGCCUUAUCCCCCUUUCUCUUCUGCCUUGCUGUUACCCGAACCUGUUUUUGUCCUGCUUCUCAAGUGUACUUGUAUUCUCUUCCUCGAACUCUCCUCUCUCCUCUCUUUGUCUACAUAGGGACAGCCAAAGCCUUUUCAUACUCGCACAUAUGGGCGCUGGGGGACCCGACACGAGGGAAAAGAUAGACCUGUCUUCAUACUGUGACAAAAUGAGAUGUUGAGUAGGGAGACUGUGGGGAGGUUGUUAGCACUGACUGAAGCCUUAAUCUUUUUGAAGGUCUGGAGUACUAUGUUUUAUUUUGGAAGGGAUGCGUGUCUCCCCCGAACAGUGGUUCUCAAAACUGCACUGCAGAGUGUAAUAUGGUGGCGCAUUUCAUAUGAUUUCAGUAUGAUCGGUCAAAGGAGGCAAAAUGUACCGUUUUGUAAUAUGGUCAAACGACCUUGCAUGAGGCAGCAGCUGCAACCCUUUCAUGCUGCAUUGCGAAAUCAAAAAAAUACAAGAAAACAUUUUCAUGUCAUUAAAACCUGGGUAGCAUUUACACAGUGCAUUGUGGGCCAUGCAUGCUGCCCUUAUUGCUAAAUGGAUUGAAAACCACUGGUCCGGGGAGAAGCACUUACUCUCUGGCACACUAGAUCCCUAGUGAUUCUAUGAAGGAUUCUUACUGUGAUAGCCUUUUUAAUCCGAUUUUAGUUACUGGUUUUUAAAACGUAAGUAAUGACGAAGAAGAGGAUGAUGAAAUACCAUCAGACGCACGCUGAUUGAAUUGUACAAAACAAAUUGUGAUUAAAAAGCAAUGGACUGUG